CUCUUUGGGAGCGUUUAACGUGCUGACCUCGGCGAGACGCGGGGCCCCUUCUCGCGGUUGACGCCUUCGAGGAGUGUUCACCAAGCGACUCGUCCGGAGGUCGUCAGGUGUGCGCCAGAAGUGACCCGACGUCGCAGCUAGCUCAGGGGGCUGCGCUAAAAGAGCGCCUCGCGAGCUAGCGUCAGGACGCGCUGCCGCCAGCUAACCGAGGGGACGUAACGUUUAACGUGGGAGAGCGACGUGACGGCAGAAGGGCCUUCUCCUUCGGGAUAUAUGGUGUCUGUUAUCUCCAGGAAACGUCACGCUAGUAGUUAUCUGCACGAGCGAGCCUGGAGAGACACUGAAGACACAGCACAGGCAACAGAUGGAGAUGAACACGUCCUUCCCAUGGGUUCCCAUGAGUCUCACCUGGAGGGGGAGGGUGUUGUGAGAAGGAAGAGCAGAACACAAGGGGACUAUAAAUAAUCAUGAAUCUCCAUCAGGUCCUUACAGGAGCUGUCAACCCUGGAGACAAUUGUUUCUCUGUAGGGAGCGUCAACAAUGUGCCAUUCACGGCCUAUGCGUCAGGAUGCGACGUGGUGAUUUUGGGCAGUGACUUUGAGCGACUGCAGAUCAUCCCGGGGGCCAAGCAUGGCAACAUCCAGGUCUGCUGCGUCGACUGCUCCCUGCAGGGCGGACAGAUUGCAGCUUCCUAUGGAAGCAUCGUGUGCGUCUUUGAGCCGGUUCAGCAUCCAGAUCAAAAAGACACUUCACUGACUAAGUUGAAUUGCCAAUGGCAGAAGACCGGUCAAUUUGUAUUAAAGUCUAUGGUACGGAACCUUGCCUGGCACCCCACAGGCUGUACGCUUCUCACGGGCUCUAGUAGCCUCCAGCUUUGGUCCAAUGUAGCUGGAGAGGAAGAUGAAGCUGAGGAAGUGGGAACGCAGACGGGGAUGACCAUCGGAGAGACUCAUUCCGCCUGGAGGUGCAUCUGGCAGAGCAAGAUGGCAUCUCAAGUCAGUUUAAUGAAGUUCUCUCCUGACGGGGAAUUCUUUGCUACGGCUGGUCAGGACGACUGCCUGGUGAAGGUCUGGUACAACACCAGUAAGUGGAAGUUGGGUGUUUCCAGACUCUUCACGCCUCCAGAGCCCAGUGAAUGCUUCCAGGGAGAGCUGGCCUUCUCCUUUGUGUACCUGGCACAUCCCCGUUCUGUUACCGGCUUCUCAUGGAGGAAGACCAGCAAGUACAUGCCACGCGGCGCGGUGUGCAACGUUCUGCUCACCUGCUGUAAGGACAGCGUGUGUCGGCUCUGGGCGGAGACGCUCUUGCCGGGCGACGGCCUCCUGUCUGGUUACCAUAACAACCAUGCUUCGAGCCAACACGGUGACACACCGGGAUGUGCCGGCCCUCCUGGCACCACCUGCAAUGGGAAAUUACGAGGAAGAACAGCACAAGAAUUGAACUUUCAAAGAUACCUGCGUGGCUCUUUUCACCGGGACGUCCCGCAGCCCUCCUUGACUUGCGGCCUGCCUCACCAUCAGAGCCGGCACUACAGCCACAAGAGGAGCGGCAGCAACCGGCCGCACGCCAACGCGCUCUGCCACUUCCACAUCGCUGCCAGCAUCAACCCUGCCACAGACAUUCCUCUGCUGCCCUCCAUCUCCUCUCUGAGCUCCGUGGACGACGAGGAGCCCGGAGGUCUGUUCACUGUCCACUGGCUCAACAACAAAGAGCUCCAUUUCACUUUAGCGAUGGACGUCUUCUUGCAGCAGCUCCGAGGCAGCCUGGAGCAGCAGGACGACGGCGCCAAUGAAGUGCCUGAGGAUGACUCUGAUGAAGAUAAUAGCAGCAGACCAAGCGACUCCCAGGCUACUGAGGCUGCAGAGCUCCCUCUGGCAGCAGUGAAGCACCAGGUGGACGUGCUGCUAGAAGAGUGGAACAAAGGAGCAGACAUGCUGUUCAGUAUCCAUCCCAUGGACGGCUCUCUGCUGGUCUGGCAUGUCGACUGGUUGGAUGAAUACCAGCCGGGCAUGUUCAGACAAGCUCAGGUGUCCUUCGUGUCCCGUAUCCCUGUGGCGUUCCCCACAGGCGACGCCAUCUCCUUGAGCCACAGUGUGGUGAUGUAUGCCUGCAACAAGAACGUGGAUCUGGCCAUCCAACAUGGCAGGAAGCGGCCACCUGGGAGCGCUUUGCCUCAAACCAAGUCUGCUCUCAUAAGCUACGGAGGUCAAGGGAAAGCUGCGCCCAGCAGCAGUCUCAGAUUCAGCAUCUUCACCCCCAGCGUCCUCAUGAUUUCCAAACACGCCGAUGGCUCUCUGAACCAGUGGGCCGUCGGCUUCGCGGAGGACUCUGCUUUCUCUACCGUGCUCAGCGUGUCUCACAAGUCGAGGUACUGCGGCCACCGCUUCCACCUCAACGACCUGGCCUGUCACUCGUUGCUGCCGCUGCUCCUCACCACCUCGCACCACAACGCCUUGAGGACGCCGGAGGCCGACAGCCUCCUGGCCCCUGCGGACGCCUACUCUUCUGGUUUCUCUCGUCCGGCGUUUCUGCCCCGGGGGUUGCGGUCCAGCCGGGCGUCCCUGGGCGCGGUGUCCCAGGAUCCCAACGCGAUCUACAGUGAACUGAUUCUAUGGCGAGUGGACCCCGUCGGCCCGCUGUCUUUGUCCGGCGGGGUCUCCGAGCUCGCUCGGAUCAAUUCCCUUCAUGCGUCAGCGUUUGCUCAAGUAGCCUGGCUGCCCACAUUCAUUCCCAGCAGCUGUUUAGGUGUGUACUGUAACUCUCCCAGCGCCUGCUUCGUGGCAAGCGACGGCCACUCGCUCCGGAUGUAUCAGGCUGUUAUUGAAGCUAAGAAACUCCUGAGUGAGCUCUCCAAUCCAGAGAUAUCAAAAUAUGUUGGAGAGGUGUUUAACAUCAUCAGUCAGCAAUCUACAGCAAAACCAGGAUGUAUUAUAGAGCUCGAUACCAUUACUGACUUUCAGGGGAAGGAGACGCAGCUCCUGCAUGUUUUUGAAGAGGAUCUGAUCCUCGGCAGUGAGAGAAGAGAGAGCCCGCAGCAAACACCUGAUGCCCCUCACACUGCCUCUAGCAAGGUGGCGUUCUCUGCGCGUUUUUUCCUCGUUGUGGUCGAAUUGACCCCAUCGGGUCGCUCGCUCCUCCACAUGUGGCAUCUCCAUCUCGCUGCUCGACCCAUCAUCAUGGAAGAGACCACGAUGGAGGCGAACGUGACCUCAGCUUCUCCUCUGAACAGCUCUACGUUCAGCUAUGACGAGUUCACUUCUCCAGUGGGUCAGAAGAGUAAACCCUGCACUUCCAACCUGCAAAGUGCCUGUCGCCUCAGCCUCACAACACACCGGCUGUACAGCCAAGAGAUGGCUCUCCCUGAAGGGGUGGAAGCCAUCAGUGUCACGCCAUCAGCAGGUCACUUGAGCGCGUCAUGUUCUCUGCCGGCUGAUCGCGUGCCCUACCUCCUUGCUACUUCCUGUUCCGAUGGAAAGGUGCGCUUCUGGAGGUGCGUUGUUAUUGCGACGGAGCCUUCCGGUGUGGACCGCUUGGUUUACCAGUGGGAGGAGUGGCCUCUGCUGGUGGAGGCGAGACUUCCCAACAGCAGCGCAGUGGAGGUGCAAGGUCGUCCCAUCGAGGUCAGCUGCUGCCACUCCGGACGGAUUGCAGUUGCCUACAAGCGGAUACCAACCACAAGUCUGAUCUCAACACCGUAUCUGAACUCUCUCCAACUGUUGACUUCUCCUCCUACCCUGUCUUCCUCCCCUUAUAUGCACAACAAUAACAACAACAACACCCGCCUGACUCCAACUCUGACUGUGCAGCAUAGCCCAAAUCUCUCUCUAAGCCCCAACGCAGCAAACUCUCAAGAGCCUUUGGUCCACAUUGGCAUCUUCCAGUGCGAGUCCACUGGUGGUUCACAGUGGCAUCUAGAGCAGACCCUAGUCCUGGACAGCACAGACCUCCCUGUCCACGAGGACUGUCCUGGGUCUACUAGUAAGAACCUGGUUCAUUUGGACUGGGUCUCCCAAGAAGAUGGGUCACAUGUUCUGACUGUUGGUAUUGGGACAAAGAUUUAUAUGUACGGCCGUCUCGCUGGGAAACCUCCAGAACUGGGCUUGACAUCCGAUGCCAGUCGAGACCAGAGCUCGUCGCGCCUGGUUCUGAUUCAAUCGGUGGAUCUGGUCUCCUCUGUCGAAGGCUCGUUACCCAUUCCAGUCUCCCUCUCCUGGGUGAGAGAUGGCAUCUUGGUAGUAGGCAUGGACUGUGAGAUGCACGUCUACUCCCAGUGGCAGCCGCCAGCGCCAAUCAAACCCAACUCCCCGAUUGCCCAGGACACCGACAUCAGCAGCAGCGUCUCCUCUAUCAUCUCAGCCAUCAGGCAGUGCCAGGAGGACGGUCCCGGCUCCGGGGCCCCCGUGUCUUCACUUGCCCCUCCCAAAAAGUCCUUGACGAGAUCAAUGAUGAGUCUGGCUCAGAAACUCAGUGGGAAGAGAACAGCGUACGACCUGCCUGUCGAGAUGGAGGAUUCUGGGCUUUUCGAAGCAGCUCACCAACUCUUCCCCACUCUGCCUCAGUACCAUCCUGUACAGUUACUGGAGCUCAUGGAUCUCGGGAAGGUUCACCGUGCCAAAGCGAUCUUGUCCCACCUGGUGAAAUGCAUCGCGGGAGAAGUUGUGGCACUUAAAGACAGCACAACCAAUCCUGAGAAACGUGUGCGCUCUCGAACAAUCAGCGCUGGAGGAAGCGCCGCGAGGGAUCGGAAGAUGUUCAGCAAAGCGGAGAACGCCACCCCCGACUACACGGAGAUAAGCUCCAUCCCACCACUGCCUCUGUACGCUCUGCUGGCAGCCGAUGAGGAUACAUUACCAAAACCUGAUAAAGUGAUCAGUGUGAGUGGAGAUAGUGGACACGGUUCCAUUCACACUGAUGUUUAUGAAGAGCUCUUUCACACACCCACCGUUGCAGACCUGGACCCCCUGGAAGACGAUCAGGAGGAAACGGGGAACAAGGUUAUCGACCUGUCCCAGUACAGUCCCACACAGUUUGGUCCGGAACAUGCUCAGGUUCUGUCCAGUCACCUCCUUCAUUCCAGUUUGCCGGGCUUAACCCGCAUGGAGCAGAUGUCUCUCAUGGCGCUGGCCGACACCAUCGCUACCUCAAGCACGGACCUCAAGGACAGCCAGAGCACAAGCAAAGGUGGAGAGACGCUGGACGAGUGUGGUCUGAAGUUCUUGCUGGCCGUCCAACUCCACACCUUCCUCUCUACCUCACUGCCUCCAGCACACCGAGCACAGCUGCUGCGGCAAGGCCUGUCCACGUGUCAUUACGCCUGGGCCUUCCACUCUGAGGCUGAAGAGGAGCUGCUGAACAUGCUGCCCUCCCUCCACAAGGGAGAGCCCACCUGGCCUGAGCUGCGCUCCAUGGGCGUGGGCUGGUGGCUGCGCAGCAGCAACAAGCUACGCAGGUGUAUUGAGAAGGUUGCCAAGACGGCUUUACAGAGAAACAAUGAUCCUCUGGAUGCAGCUAUAUUUUACCUCGCACUGAAGAAAAAGGCGGUGGUCUGGGGAUUGUACAGGUCUCAGAAGAAUGCCAAAAUGACCGAGUUUUUCCGCAACAACUUCAGCGAGGACCGGUGGAGGAAAGCGGCGUUGAAAAAUGCGUUUUCUCUGCUUGGAAAGCAGCGGUUCCAGCAUUCUGCAGCCUUCUUCCUUCUCGCCGGCUCCCUUAAGGACGCUGUGGAGGUGUGCAUAGAGAAACUGCAGGACCUGCAGCUUGCCCUGGUGAUCUCCAGACUGUACGAGUCUGAGUUUGAGACGGCGUCCACCUACAAAAAGAUCCUCCAGAGACAUGUUCUGGGACAAGACAAACAGAUUCAAGCCCACCAGGACCCGUUCCUACGCAGCAUGGCUCACUGGGUCCUGGAGGACUACAGCGGAGCCUUAGACACUCUACUGGAGCAGCCGGCAACCGGCUUCAGCUCCGGGUGCACGGAGAGCAAAUGUGAUGCAGGUUCCUCCUCGGUGUCCACGUGUAACCCAGAAGUGUUCAACUUCUACACCUACCUUCGAACACACCCACUUCUCCUUCGCCGGCAUUUUGGCUCCUCAGACAAGGCGAAGGUUGGACUGACGGCUGAGGGCCGCCGGCCUGACUCCAUUAGCCUGGAGGAGCGGAGGCUGUUUUUCACAGCUGCGUACGCACACCUGCAAGCUGGCUGCCCCAUGCUGGCACUUGAAGUCCUCUCCAAGAUGCCCAAAGUCCGCAAGCACUCCGAGCUGCCCAACCAGGCCGCUGACCUCAGUGUCGGGAGCGUGAACGGACAAACAUCCAACCCGGAUUGGUCUCAGACGACUCUGAACGGCUACGAGUCGGACGGACACAGCUUAUCCAACAGCCAUUCGGAUUCAGUGUUAAGUUUUGACUGGAGCCACCAGUCACCGGCGCAUACAGAUGAGCCCCUGGAGCUGAGAUGGGACAGUGACAAAGAUGGAGAGGAUGAAGAGGAAGAUGAGGAAGGAGAAGCUACAAAUGUCGACGGCAGCAGUGUGUUCCAGGACACACGGGACGCCACGUCGCCGCUAAUGGAGACGGACACGGGAGAGGACAGUGAGAACUGCCACGACUUCAUCGCUCCGUGUCAUGACAUCUUGGCGGCCCAACUGAAGUUUACCGCCUGCCUGAAGAUCAUGACCAAUGAGCUCCGGACGCUGUCCAACGGGUACGAGCUGGAUGGAGGGAAGCUGCGUUGCCAGCUCUACCAGUGGUUGGAGAGAGAGGUGGUGGCACUCCAGCGUUGCUGCAGCUACAAGCCGUGCUUGCCAGAGCUGUCUGUCCAGGGUGAUGCCCCCGAUUCUGGGUUGGUGGAGGAGGAACAGCCGGGAAGUCCUCCUGGUCACCGGCAGCGGAGUAGGAGACACUGGCUGCAGAGCAACCAGCCCUUACUGAGGAUGUUCCUGAGCUACUGCAGCCUGCACGGCUCUCACGGUGGAGGACUGGCCUCUGUGCGCAUGGAGCUCAUCCUGUUGCUUCAAGAGUCUCACCAGGAUGACUCCACUCAGCCGGCGGUGACGCCAUGUUGUCAGCCGACAUCCAUUCCUCUCCUGAUGGCGUGCACGUCCAACGUAAAGACGGUGGUCGCCAACCCCAUCGUCUACCUGACCAAUCUGGCCCAAGACAUCUUGAGGACCAUCAAUUCCCUCGACUCUCCUCCUCAUCCGGAUGUGGUUAACAAUGAGAUCUAUGUGCUGCACACGCUGGCUGCCUCCCUGUCAGCCUGUAUAUAUCAGUGUCUUUGUGAUGGACACACCCACAGCCAUGUGAACCAUUUCACAGGAAUCGUGUAUCAGAGUGUGUUGCUGUCUCAGAAGCCGCCACUCAGAACCGUCAGCAUGGACGAGUCCGUCCAGCCCAACACUUCCCCUGCACAGUGGCCAGGUAUCGCCUCUCUCAUUCGCUUGUUGAGCUCGGCAGGCGAGGAGAGCCAGCCGGGCUUAACUGUGCUGCUCUGUGAGAUCCUCACCGCCGUCUUCCUCAGUCUGUUUGUUCACGGCUUGGCCACUCACUCCAGCAACGAGCUGUUUCGCAUCGUGGCCCACCCACUCGACAGCAAGCUUUGGGUGGCGGUGUUCGGGGGAGGCGCCCGCACCCCUGUCAUCGACAAACUCAACAGCCCAUCAAGAACACCCCCGCCAGCCUCGCCAAGCAGCUCGGACAGGAAGUCCAGACGAUUCAGGCUCCUGACGCCACGCAGCGGCUCCAAGGACGACGCCGGGAACGAGCGGGAGAGCCCGUCUAGUGCCAAGCACGGCCCUGUGGUGGAACAGGAAGCUGCCUCCAUCUUUAAAGAACGAUUUGUCCCUCCAGAGCUCAGCAUUUGGGAUUACUUCAUUGCCAAGCCUUCGCUGCCACCAUCUGAAGACCGAAUAGAAUAUGACUCUGAGGAAAGCCAGGACAGUCAGGAUAAAGAGGAGGAGGAUGACUAUGAAUACGAAGACGUGUUUGACCCCAGCUCUCCGCAAAGGGAGCAUUCAAACCAUAAUUCCUACAGUUGGUGUUUGAUGAGACUGUCUAUGGUUCAGCUUGUGUUGGUCAACCUCAAGUCCUUCUACCCAAUGGCAGGAUAUGAUCUCUUGGAUCUGCCUGUGGUGUCUCCUCUGUGCCACGCUGUGCUGAAGACGCUGCAGCGAUGGGAGCAGGUGCUGCAGAAGAGGCUGGAGAUCUUCGGGGGCCCGCCUUCCAAGUACAUCUCCACCCUCCUCAAGGAUGAAACGGCUGCACCGGGCCCCGCCCUGCUCAGGCACAAGGCCUUGUUUGAACCUUCCAACACCCCGUUCAGAACGAGCCACCACUCGGCGCUUCCCGUGAAGCGUCUCUGGCAGUUUCUAGUCAAACAGGAAGAAGUGCAGGAGACGUUCAUUAGAAACAUUUUUACCAAGAAACGGGACCCGAAUGAGUCGGGUGAGGACCAGACUGACGAUAUGAAAUGUUCAGGGAUGGAGGAAAGAGGAAACAAUCAGACUGAGGCAGACCUCGGCUUCCCCGGAGGAAAGGCACGCAUCAUCCACAAGGAAUCUGACAUCAUCACGGCCUUUGCCAUCAACAAGGCAAACCGUAACUGUUUAGUCAUGGCCUCCACCCAUGACAUUCAGGAGUUGGAUGUGUCAUCCAUCUUGGCCACGCAGAUCUUGACAUGGAUCGAUGACGAGGACGCAGAAGUCAAAGGCGUUGGCGGCGACGACUUCCUGGUGGUCCAUGCGCGGGAUGACUUCGCCGCCCUGCACGGCACCACGCCGUACACUCACAGUAGCCCCGGCACCCCCAUCAACAUGCCGUGGCUGGGCGGGGUGCAGACGGGCCGCGGUGCAGCCGUGGUGAGCGCUCGACCUGGACUUAUGAUCAAAAGAAACAUAAACAAUGUGAGAAGAAUGACCUCCCAUCCCACGCUGCCUUACUACCUGACAGGCGCUCAGGAUGGGAGUGUGAGGAUGUUCGAGUGGGGUCACUCCCAGCAGAUCAUCUGCUUCAGAAGCCCCGGCAACUCCAGAGUCACCAGGAUACGAUUCAACCACCAGGGGAACAAGUUUGGGAUCGUCGACGCCGAUGGAGGUUUGAGUCUCUGGCAGACCAACACCAGCGGCAUCGCACCCAAGCCAUACCUGACGCUGCAGUGCCACAACAAGACGGCUCACGACUUUGUCUUCGUGGGCUCCUCCUCCCUCAUCGCCACCGCAGGGCUCUCGACCGACAACCGGAACGUGUGUCUGUGGGACACUCUGGUCACGCCUGCCAACAGCCUGGUGCAUGCUUUCUGCUGCCACGAGUCCGGGGCCACCGUGCUCUUGAUGGCCUCCAGGCAGCAGCUGCUUAUCAUAGGUGGCAGGAAGGGCUGGAUCAGCAUCCUGGAGCUCGCCCACAGGCACCAGCGCCAGAGCUUCCAGGCCCACGACUCGUCUGUCAAAGCUCUGGCUGUCGACCCGACGGAGGACUGCUUCAUCAGCGGAUCAGCUGAGGGCAACAUUAAGAUCUGGAGCCUCGCCACGAUGACGGCGCUCUACGCGUUCCCCAACGAGCACGCCCGCCAGUCGCUGUUCAGGAACCUCGGCACGGGCGUCAUGCAGAUCGAGGUGGGGCCGACCAAUCACAUCUUCUCCUGCGGCGCCGACGGCACCAUGAAGAUGAGGGUGCUCCCCGACCGCUUCGGUGUCGUCCACAACAACAACAACAACAACCACGGCGACCUCAAGAACGACGUCAAGCUCAUCAUAUAGGAGAGCGAGGUGGUUAACGCCGUUGAUUCAGAGAAUGUGGCGUCGGAACCUCGACGUCGAUGACGGCCGCCGCCAGAACAAUGGCCGCCAGUGUUAUUAACGGUGUAGAUGAAGAAAGGCUUUCGGGGGCGGGUUCAUAGGACUCAUUCACAGACAUCGGGGGUCCCGGAGACAAAUCACAGGAGCCUCUGAGUGUUGGGAGUGGAAGCGGGCGACGGACCGAGGAGUCGGGAGGAGCGGGCGAGUCGGGAGGCCGAAGAUCGUUCCUCGCCGUUUCUUCUGAGUUGAUAUCGGAGUCGACGGCGUCCGGCGGGCAGCGCGUCGUCCCGGAGUAUUUUUGAGGGGUUUCGGGCGUCGGCCUGUCGGACCCUGUCGAGCCACUCGGCGCCGCGCAGGAAACCGGUUUUAUGAAGGCGGAACGAUUUAAACGACUAAAACUACGCAAACACACUUUCUGCCGGAGAGACGACGACGGCCGUCUGGGUACGAGCGGCGCGUCCAACUCGCCGCCUCUCCGCCAGAAAGAGUUCACGUAUAAUCCCAAAAACACGGAGAGCAACGUGAUUUGAGUUUCCCCAACGGUUUCUUAAUUUAUUGUGGGGGUUUUUUGUGUUUUUUUUAUUUAUUUUUUAUGACUUGCAGACGACAUUUCUCUUCCUUCAUUUGCACAUCCACAUGUAUGAAGCUCCGAGGCCACGCCUUCGGUAUUGAGAUCAAUAUACAUGUGCAGGACGAGACCCGCUGGUAUAUUUAUGAGUAUUAUUAUAAGUGCCCUUAACCUCUGAGAUCGACUUCCACCACGCCGCUGAUACCAAUCAUUACUGAAGUGAAAUUAAAGCUACUCUGUGCACGCCACGAAUAAUAAUGUGUUCUUUUUUUAAUGUUCAACAUUCAGCUUGAGACCACGCAGCAGGACACGAUGGAAGCGAGGGGUCGACGAUCGGCUCGUUGUUUAUCGUCGGCCUUCAUGAAUCACCUUCGCCGUAUCCUCCGUGUGGCGUUCCUCCGCCGGGCGACUCUCACGUUGCCUCCGGCACACGGGAAAUCUGAUCCACGUCGUACGAAGUCUUCCUCGCGAACGAGGAAGAGGGCCACGCACAUCGAGUACGAUCCACCCGCGUCUCUGUUUCCUCCUCGACGCGGUCGGACUCGGGUGAAACGCGACGCGUUGAUUUCAGGAGGAUAAACUGAGGAAAAGCCUUUUAGAUGAAGCACAUUUAUGACGGUGUGUGUGUAUUCACAUGGAUCCAUAAACUACGCUCAUCACCAUGAGUAUAAUCAUAACGACGAGUCGUAGAUAUUACAAAAGCCACUAUGAAGAAUAUCGUUCUGACAAAUACAGGUAUAUUUAUGAAAUAGGUUCAUCUUUAGGGUUCUAGACUGAGCGACCAAAAGGCAGAUGUUAUGUAACUUCCUGCCGUUUCCUUUUCUCUCAUAUCGUCACCGUUUCUUUCUGUCGUUUCUUCUUCUCUCCCGAUGCGGCGUUGAGCAACGCUCUGGUUUUGGUCAAAGCCGUGUUUUCCUGCAGCCGCUGGAGAUUAAGCACUUUUUUCCAAGCGAUAUGUACUCCUCCCAAAACUGUAGAAUAAAAAUAUUUUUUAUCAACUUCCCUUUGCUGAACUAUUGCUUAUUGUCAUUUUCAGACGGUCCCGAGCCGCUCGGCGCUCCGUCACUCGUAGCUCACGCCGAGCCCUAAAGCUCAACUUGUCCCGCCUCAAUCUUGUAAAUGUGAAUUUGAUCAAAUAAUUCUAAUUUUAUAAUGUCAUGUAAAUCGAUGUAAUAUAUACAGACAAAUGUACCGGUGAAAUAAACAAAGAUUCUGUAACAUGA